CCACAUUUAUAACACGGUGAUCGGCCUCUUUGUAUAUAAACUCUAUGAUCUAAUUAAUUAUAAUAAUGUUGUUUUUUAAAAUGAAUGUAAUAACAAGAAUUUCUAAUGUUAGUAUAUAUAAUCUACGUUCCUACAGUAACAAAGUAAAACUGAAUGAUGUAGUUAUAGUCAGUGCAGUGAGAACUCCUGUGGGUUCAUUUUUUGGAUCGCUUUCUAAUUUAUCUGCAACUAAACUUGGUGCGGUUGCUAUACAGGCAGCAAUUGAACGUGCUGGUAUUGCGAAAGAUCAAGUUAAAGAAGUCUACAUGGGCAACGUUUGCCAAGCUUUUCUUGGUCAAGCUCCAGCCAGGCAAGCUACUUUAUUUGCCGAUCUACCCAAAUCAACGAUUUGUACAACAGUGAAUAAAGUUUGUGCAAGCGGUAUGAAGAGCGUUAUGCUUGCUGCUCAAUCAUUGCAAUGUGGACAUCAAGAAAUUAUACUUGCUGGUGGAAUGGAAUCCAUGUCUAAUGUACCGUUUUAUCUUAAACGAGGUGAAAUCAGUUACGGUGGUGUAAAACUCGAGGAUGGAAUUGUAUACGAUGGUUUGACAGACGUAUAUAAUAAAUUUCAUAUGGGUAAUUGUGCUGAAAGUACUGCUAAAAAAUUGAAAAUUACGCGUCAAGAACAAGAUGAAUAUGCGAUUAGUAGUUAUAAGCGUAGUGCUGCAGCCUAUGAGAAGAAAGUUUUUAACAACGAACUUGUACCGGUCAAUGUACCUCAGAAGAAAGGUAAACCCGAUGUUACUUUUGCAGAAGAUGAAGAGUACAAGAGAGUGAAUUUUGAUAAAUUUGACAAAUUAAAUACUGUUUUCCAGAAAGAAAAUGGAACGAUAACAGCUGGAAAUGCGUCGACAUUAAAUGAUGGUGCUGCUGCUUUAAUUUUAACGACUGCUGAUGUAGCACAAAAAUUAAAUCUUAAACCUUUGGCUCGUAUAGUAGGUUUCCAAGAUGCUGCGACAGAUCCUAUUGAUUUUCCAAUUGCGCCUACACUUGCUAUCCCUAUUUUAUUAAAAAAUACUGGAUUAAACAAAAACGACAUAGCUCUUUGGGAAAUUAAUGAAGCAUUCAGUGUCGUUGUAGUGGCUAAUCAAAGAUUACUUGACAUCGAUCCUUCCAAAGUAAAUGUACAUGGUGGUGCUGUAUCACUUGGACAUCCAAUAGGUAUGUCAGGAGCUCGAAUAAUUGUGCACUUAGUGCAUGCAUUAAAAUCUGGAGAGAAAGGGCUUGCAUCUAUCUGUAACGGUGGAGGUGGUGCUUCGUCAGUUUUAAUAGAAAAACUGUACCAUUCGGUUUCAUCUCCGCCAAAAUUAAUGCUUUAUACAAAGCAUCCUUGUCCUCUUUGCGAUAUUUUAAAAGAAGAAUUGCGUUUACGUUUUGCUGGUCGAUAUCAAUUGGAAGAAGUUGAUAUUACGGCUUUGGGAAACGAAGUGUUUUUAAAACUAUAUCAAUAUGAAAUACCAGUCCUGUUUUUAGAAGGCCAAUAUCUUUGUAAACAUCGUUUGGAUUCUGAUCUCUUAGAAAGAAGACUUAAAGAGUUAACAUUAUAAUACAUUUGAUAUCAC